AAGUCGGCUUGAGAACUCGACUUUAAAGCAAAGGAUUCACAGCUCAAAUCCUAACCUACCAACGUCUGUCUAGCCAACAGAGAUCAAGUGAGUGAGUCAGCAGACUGAAAACAUCAGUCUAUCUAGAAACUACUAUUUAAAGAAAACAAACAUUACCUUCAUAGACAAGUUGAUAAACGAAUAUGAAGUGUCACCGAAAACUUACAGAUAUAUUUAAUUCAAACAAUGAAGUUGAUAGUUUAAAGAAGAAUAAACACCUUAGAAAACCUGUUAUCUGUGGUACCUGUGGGCGCAAAGACACAACACCUCAGCAUCCAAUACUAUGUGGUCCUGUGAUUAGUUGUGAAUAUUCUUAUGGAUGUCAUAAUAAAAAAGAUGGUGUGAAAUGGCUAGAUCAAGCAGGUAUUGAACGUUUGAUCAUUCAAUACAGUCUAGCACAAAGUUUAGCUGAAGAGAAAGCAACAAAGCAAACAGAUAACUACAGUCUAAAAUAAUCGUUCAAAAAUUCUAUACAAGAUUGUGAAAAUUUCAGUUGGUGAACUUCUUUUCCCAAUGGACUUACAGUUAUCUAGAACAUAAUAAGCUUCAGUCAUCUUUUAUAUGCAUGUUAGUAAUGUUUCGUUUCAUUGAACUUCCUGAA